AAUGCUUUAAAAGAAGGGGGUUGAGAAGUGCACCUCAAAGACCCUGAUCGAAAGAGAAAUAUCUUCACAGAAAGAAAAAAAAAAACAUGCUGCUGCUUCAGUCUGUGAUCUUGGCCAUGUCCCUUGUGACCGCCACAGCAUUUCCAGUUCAGCAAGAUACAGCCAGUCAAGAAGAAGUGUGGAGUGUCCAGGAGGAAAUCGCAAACCUGGCUAUUGAUAAAGCAGACGUCACCAAAGAGUUCAAUGGGAUGUGGAAGAGCCACGUGGUGAGCAGUGACCUGUACGCACAGAACGCUCAGAACCCCAUGGCAACUGAGCUGAGACGCAAGCUGAGCCAGGAGUCUGAGCGACUGCGGGCUCGUCUCAGGCAGGAGCUGUUGGAGCUCAGGCAGCGGCUGUCUCCUUACCCCACCCACCCGCAGCUCACCCCAGCUAACGUCCGUGAGCUCCUGGCCCCCUUCACAAAGCAGCUCCAGAAGGCCUUGGACUCCAACACCCAGGAGCUCUGCGGUCAGCUCAGCCUGAACCUUCAGGGUCUUCCGGAUCUCCAGGCUGAUGGAUCUGCAUCCUAUCUAGAGGUGGUGGAGAAGAUUGGUCAAGCUCUAGAUGAGAGUCAUCGAAGAAGAACCGCUGCCUUUGAGGACUUUAAAACGAAAGCGUUUGAGGCGGUCGAAGAGGACCGAGACGGCAGCAAGAAGGAGCUGUGGGAGGAGGUGACCGCCAGGCUGGGUCAGGAAAUUGUUUCAUUCAGCCUGGAGGUGCAAGGCAAAGUGGCGGCACUGAAAGUCUCACUGGCGGGUCUCCUGACUUCAUCAGAGCCACCAAGAGCCGAAGCAGCUUCCAAGGUGCUCCAGUUCUGCCAGAGUUCCUCAGCUCAGAAUGAGAAGUUUAUCACUAAUUUGGAGCAGCAAAUAGCCAAGCUUGAGGAACAGCAAAGUCAUGGGGAUCCAUCAAGUCACAUCAGUAUUGAAUCCAUACAAGAGGAUUUCUCCACCAGACUGAAUGCAUUACUCCAGGACAUUGUGCACACUCUGAAUUAGAGAGAGUAUAAUCGCUGUAGUGUAAAUAGACUUGUACAGUACAGAAUUAUUGAAUUAUUAUCUUUUAUAUCCUUUCAUAAAUGUGCCUUUUAUACAGUAAAAAAAAACUGGUUUGUAGAUUGCAAGAAACAACAACAGUCUAUUUUUGACAUGCAGGUUUAUUGAAAUAAUUUUGUUUGGACGUAUAAAUGGUCAUACAUAGAUAUGUAUAAAGUGUUCUAUUUUAAAAAUACAUGUGUAUAUACAGUAGUUAAAAUUUGUAUAUAUCAUUCAGUGAUUGUCAUGUUGUAAAAUCAAGUCAAUAAAACCCUUGAACAUUCUCUUAUA